GAGGUUGUGGAAUACAUGGUCCAACAUUUCAAACCGCAGCUCUUUGGUGACCGAAAGCCAGUGUACGAUGGGAAGAAGAAUAUCUACACUGUUUUAGCAUUACCUAUAGGCAGCGAAAAGGUUGACUUCGAGGUGACCAUCCCUGGAGAGGGGAAAGAUCGCAUCUUUAAAGUGUCCAUUCGUUGGCUGGCGAAGGUGUCGUGGAGGCUGUUGCAGGAGACGCUGGUCAGUGGACGUCUGCAGGUCCCGCUGGAAUCUGUCCAAGCCCUCGACGUGGCCAUGAGACACCUGGCCUCCAUGAGGUACACUCCAGUGGGACGCUCCUUCUUUUCCCCUCCUGAAGGAUAUUACCAUCCUCUGGGUGGAGGCAGGGAGGUGUGGUUCGGCUUCCAUCAGUCUGUCCGGCCAGCCAUGUGGAAGAUGAUGCUCAACAUCGACGUAUCUGCAACGGCCUUUUAUAAAGCUCAGCCUGUCAUUGAGUUCAUGUGUGAAGUUCUGGAUAUCCGCAACAUUGAUGAGCAGCCCAAGACACUUACGGACUCGCAAAGGGUCCGUUUCACCAAGGAGAUCAAAGGUCUGAAGGUGGAGGUCACGCACUGUGGUCAAAUGAAACGGAAGUACCGCGUCUGUAACGUCACGCGUCGCCCUGCUAGUCACCAAACGUUUCCCCUGCAGCUUGAAAGCGGACAGACGGUAGAAUGUACAGUGGCUCAAUACUUCAAGCAGAAGUACAACCUGCAGCUGAAAUACCCGCACCUGCCCUGUCUACAGGUGGGCCAGGAGCAGAAACACACCUACCUGCCCCUGGAGGUGUGCAACAUUGUAGCAGGGCAGCGGUGCAUCAAGAAACUGACAGAUAAUCAAACCUCCACCAUGAUCAAAGCCACAGCGAGAUCAGCACCAGACCGACAGGAGGAGAUCAGCAGACUGAUGAAGAACGCUAACUUUAAUCUGGAUCCCUACAUUCAAGAGUUUGGAAUCAAAGUGAAGGACGACAUGGCCGAGGUGACCGGCAGAGUCCUUCCCGCUCCAAUCCUGCAGUACGGUGGUCGGAACCGUGCCAUCGCGACUCCCAACCAGGGUGUGUGGGAUAUGAGGGGAAAGCAGUUCUACAACGGCAUUGAGAUCAAGGUUUGGGCCAUCGCUUGCUUCGCCCCACAGAAACAGUGUCGGGAAGAGGUGCUCAAGAACUUCACCGACCAGCUGCGUAAGAUCUCAAAGGAUGCUGGGAUGCCCAUCCAGGGUCAGCCGUGCUUCUGUAAGUACGCACAGGGAGCCGACAGCGUGGAGCCCAUGUUCAGGCACCUGAAGAACACCUACUCUGGACUGCAGCUCAUCAUCGUCAUCCUGCCGGGAAAAACACCCGUCUACGCGGAAGUGAAGCGUGUCGGAGACACUCUUCUAGGAAUGGCCACUCAGUGUGUGCAGGUGAAGAACGUGGUGAAAACCUCCCCUCAGACGCUCUCCAACCUCUGCCUCAAAAUCAACGUCAAACUCGGCGGCAUCAACAACAUCCUGGUCCCGCAUCAACGGUCUGCAGUGUUCCAGCAGCCAGUGAUCUUCCUCGGAGCAGAUGUUACACACCCGCCGGCUGGUGAUGGGAAGAAGCCGUCUAUCACUGCUGUUGUGGGCAGUAUGGACGCUCAUCCCAGCAGAUACUGCGCCACAGUGCGAGUCCAGCGACCCAGACAGGAGAUUAUUGAAGACCUCUCAUACAUGGUGCGAGAGCUGCUCAUCCAGUUCUACAAGUCCACCCGCUUCAAACCCACCAGAAUCAUCUUCUACAGGGACGGUGUUCCAGAGGGACAGUUACCACAAAUCCUGCACUACGAGCUGCUGGCCAUCAGAGACGCCUGCAUCAAGCUGGAGAAAGACUACCAGCCGGGAAUCACAUACAUAGUCGUGCAGAAACGCCACCACACACGCCUCUUCUGCGCUGAUAAAUCUGAACGAAUCGGGAAGAGUGGGAACAUUCCAGCAGGAACUACAGUUGACACCAGCAUCACGCAUCCGUUCGAGUUUGAUUUCUACCUGUGCAGUCACGCAGGGAUUCAGGGCACCAGCCGGCCCUCACACUACUACGUCCUGUGGGACGACAACCGCUUCACGGCCGACGAGCUGCAGAUCCUCACGUACCAGCUGUGCCACACGUAUGUGCGCUGUACCCGCUCCGUGUCCAUCCCAGCGCCUGCGUACUACGCCCGGCUCGUGGCUUUCCGGGCACGCUACCAUCUGGUGGAUAAGGAGCAUGACAGCGGAGAGGGAAGCCACGUCUCCGGGCAGAGCAACGGCCGGGAUCCCCAAGCGCUGGCCAAAGCUGUGCAGAUUCACCACGACACCCUGAGGACCAUGUACUUUGCCUAAGCCAAGCUUCUCUGCCACACCUCAUCAGGCCGGAGGGCUUCGGACUGACACACACUCCUCGAGCCAGUUCACCUGGUGCUACCAGUGCGGUGAAGCCCACAGAACUGAACACGGAGUCUCACUCUUUGCGUUUUGUUGAGUCUGGCUGAACUAUGCUCUUUUUUUAUUUUAUUUAAUUGUGUAUACUACCUUCGCACUCCCACAUGUACGUAUGUAUGCAAUACGGAGGGAAGGAACGCAGACGAACCUGUCGUUUUGUACGUCACCACGAAGCUGCCUCUUAACCUGUCCGUCUGGGCGAUGCCAGAGUUCAAAUGCCCGAAGUGGAGGAAUUGUUGUUACUUCCAUUGGCAUUAUUUUUAUUGUUGUGAGAUUUUCUUUUAAAAUGUUUAUUUUUGUGAAAGACAUGGUACAUUAGCACUUAGUUUUAGUUGUAAAGCACCGUGAGCCCAGCGUUUACGUGUUGU